CCACUCUCUCCAAUCUGGCAAUCUCUCUCUCUCACCGUGACAAGAGUUUAGACCGUUUCGUCUCUCUCCCUCUAUCAUCAGAGCUCCAAAUACAACACAGAGCUUAGACCUUUUAGUCUCUCUCCCUCUCUCACCAGAGCUCCUUUGUCUUCCGCAGCGGCGACAAUGGGAAAGGGUGGGUCAUUAAGCGACGGCGUCUUGAAGAAGAUCUUGCUCUCCUACACCUAUGUCGGGAUCUGGAUCUGCCUCUCUUUCACGGUCAUCGUCUACAACAAGUACAUCUUGGACAAGAAGAUGUACAAUUGGCCAUUUCCGAUCUCGCUGACCAUGAUCCACAUGUCAUUCUGUGCAACGCUAGCUGUUCUCUUGAUCAAGGUCUUCAAAUUGGUCGAGCCGGUCACGAUGUCUUGGGAUCUCUACUUCUCCUCCGUCGUCCCCAUCGGAGCUCUGUAUUCUCUUUCUCUCUGGCUCUCUAAUUCGGCUUAUAUAUAUCUGUCUGUCUCAUUCAUUCAGAUGUUGAAGGCCUUGAUGCCGGUCGCCGUGUACUCUAUCGGAGUCCUUUUCAAGAAGGAGACUUUCAAGAGUGACACCAUGAUGAACAUGGUCUCAAUCUCGCUCGGAGUCGGCAUUGCGGCUUAUGGUGAGGCCAGAUUCGAUACUUGGGGUGUGAUUCUGCAACUGGGUGCGGUCGCUUUUGAGGCUACAAGGUUGGUUAUGAUCCAAAUCUUGCUUACAUCUAAAGGGAUCACCUUGAAUCCGAUCACAUCUUUGUAUUACGUUGCUCCUUGUUGCCUGGUCUUCCUGUUUCUGCCAUGGAUCUUUGUUGAGUACCCUGUUUUGAGGGAGACGAUGAGUUUCCAUUUCGAUUUUGUGAUCUUUGGUACCAAUUCGUUGUGUGCUUUUGCCCUGAAUCUUGCUGUGUUCUUGCUUGUCGGGAAGACGUCGGCGUUGACGAUGAAUGUGGCCGGCGUGGUGAAGGAUUGGCUUUUGAUUGCCUUCUCUUGGUCGGUGAUUAAGGACACUGUGACGCCCAUCAAUUUGGUCGGGUAUGGACUGGCCUUCUUGGGAGUUGGAUACUACAAUCACUCGAAAUUGCAGGCCUUGAAGGCCAAGGAGGCGCAGAAAAAGGCAGCACAGGCUGAUGAGGAAGCUGGGAGGCUUUUAGGCGAAUCCGAGAAGUAAUUUUUUUUUUUUGGCAUACUUUUUUAACAAUUGAAUUUAGUUUUUUUUUUUUUUAUGGAACAAUUGAAUUUAGUUUUAAUAGCGGAGAAAAGGAAAAUGAUGGUGUCUCUAUCUUAUUGUUUCCACAUUGGGGUGUCAGUAGUAUGUUCUUUUAGAUGUAAGUUUCUUAUGCUUCGUAGUGUAACGUCAUUCUAGAUGUAAGUUAAUGUCAUUUAAGGAUUUAAGAUUUGUCUGGAUU